UCCCCUCCCACCGAGCGCGCGGCCAGAGUGCCGGGUCCGGAGCCCGACCUCCCCGAGUCGUUCGCUCUCGCGCCGCCUGCCUCAGUGGCAGGCUGGAGGAGGGGGCCGCGCGCCGGGCAGCGCAGCGCGAGGAGGGGGCGCACGGGCGGCGCGGGGCGACUCUCCCCAGAGCGCGCGGCCAACAAGUGGGCAAUUUUUCCCGCCAGCAUGUCCCGGCGGCGGCUCCCGCCGGCGGCGAGGCUGGUGCCGCCGACCCCCCGCGCUCUUUGAGAUCCGCUCUUGGGCAGCUCGACCCGGCCGGUGAGGAGAAGCGGCCGCCGCCGGGUCGAGGUGGCCGAGCCGCCAGGGAGUCUCCUGCGAGGGGCGGAGGCGCCUCCGCCCAGCCCUCCGUCCCUUUUCCUCGCCGCGACUGGGACCAUCGCCCCCGGACCCAGCUCCCCUGAAGAGAGCGCUCCGCUCCCCCGGCGGUGAGAUCCGGCCCGCAGGCGCCGCGGGGAAGCAUCGCUGGCCGGCCGGAGCCGCCGCCCUGCCGCAGGGGCUGAGCGCGGCGGCAGGAUGGGGCCCGGCUGCUGAGGCCGUGGUGAGAAGCAUGGUGGAGCCGGAACGCGCCCCAGGAACAGCCGACGUGGAGCCCAGCUGUUGUCUGGCAAGAUCCAGAGUUGCCUCUUCCAGGUCCCCUAAUUUCAAGUAUUACUGUGUAUAUCACCGAACUGUGCCCCUGACUGACAGACACGUGUCUUGGCAGCCUCAGAGAAUUGUGUGUCACUGGAAGAUGUUCAGUUUGCCAGUUCUUUAACUCACAUAUGAGAGAGGAUAGGGAAUCAUGCCUACGGAUCUUAAUGAAUAGAUCUUUGAGGUCAGCAUCUGACCUGGGAUCUUUGAAACACACUUCUCACUCCUCCCUCCCCUUCCCCCCUCCCCGUUGUGUGGCCCCUCAGAACGGAAGAGCCUGGGAACUGAGACUCAGCGAUAUGUCAGUAAAGUCUAAGGAAGUGGUAAGCCAGGGAAGCGUAUUUUCUACUAAGAGCUUGAGCAAGGCCUCCCCUUGACACCAUUCAGUCUGAGACUUCAUGACUCUAAGCAGUUACCAUUGAAGCUCAGCUUCAUCUGGGCGCUGAAGCACCUCCGGCAGGGCUGAGGCUGCCAAAGCCUCCGUCAUCGAUAAGGAACUCAGCACCUAUAGCAGCUCAUACAGUAGCAUCAACAUCAGCACUUCCACAACCUGCUCUGGUACUGCUGCCUUCUGCACUGUGUGCUGUACCAUCAGCCUCUGCAUGGAAGCCUGAACUGGUGCUGCGGGAGUAAUCAGAACUGAGACACUUGUGCAUCCCAGAGGUUUAUAGCACUGAAGGACCUCUUAAUUCUUCUGGAGUCAGAAUCACCUCUCUUACCAAUAUUGGCAGCUGUGUCAGCACCAAGACAUCAAACUUCCUUGGCACUAUUGAUGCCCAUAGCCCUAUCCUCUACUUUGAAGGACCUGGCUCCUUCAGUGGAACCGGACUAUGCUUCAUUGAAAGUCUCUGAUGAUGAUAGAGCCUCAAACAUGCUCUCCUCAAAAGUGGCCACAACAUCAUCAUUUUUGGAACUGAGACCUUCCUCUAGAGCUAGAUAUUGGGACAUUCUAUCAUCAGAACAAGGGCAUUGAUCUUUUACACUCUAGGCACUGGGACCAUAUCAGCCAGUUCCAGCGUGGCCACUGGGGUCUGUGAUAACUCCCAGAGCAGAACUGAGCAAUACAAGAGACUGUCUACUUCACCUACAGUAUCCAGAGCUGACCCUGUGCCACCACAACCCCUGUUCAAGACCUCUCCUCUUCAACACCAAGAGGAAGAACCUGAGAAGACAGCACCCAUGGCUGAACUCCCAUCUCCACAGGCCACAUCCUUAUCUUUCCCAGAUGGGGCAGUCAUCUCUUCAGGUGCCCUUUGGGUGAUUUCAAUGGCUUUUAGAAGCUUCUUAAGAGGGUGGUGAAAGCUCUCAUAAUAUCCAUGGAAGAAGUCCAGGAACAAACCAUUAAGCUUGUAGAUCUACUCCAAUCCUCCACACAAGAGAAGAUAAGGCUCCCUUAGUUGAAUUGAUAUGAGAAAUGAGUGUUGGACGCAGAAGACUAAGGCUGCUGGGAAUUCUGAUGAUGGUAAACUUUUUUAUUUAUGUGAUUGUGGAAGUCUCCAAAAGUGGUGGUCAAGAGAAGAAUACAAAAGGACAGGUUAUAAUACCCAGCAGCAAAUUCUGGAGGAAAUACACUCCUCACAAGGCCUAUUGGAACAAACAGCAACAGAAGCUGGAAUUCUUGUACAACCCCAUUUUGACCUUGCUUUCCAAUAUGACUGUGGAAGAAACCUUAAUUUCUAAUGCUAGUGUUCUGAAUUCCUGUGACCCUGAUCCAUCAGUAACAUCGGAGGUUAAUGACUUUGCAACAUUGCCAGACAGAUUUAAAGACUUCCUGCUUUAUUUAAGAUGUAGAAAUUAUUCAUUAUUAGUGGAUCAACCAAAAAAGUGCAAACACAAACCUUUCCUGCUACUGGCUAUCAAGUCACUUAUACCACAUUUUGAUAGAAGGCAAGCAAUUAGGGAAUCUUGGGGUAAAGAAAUACAAUCAGGGGAUGUAACAGUUGUAAGGGUCUUUUUGUUGGGACAGACCCCUCCAGAAGAUAACUUUCCUGAUCUUUCAGACAUGCUGAAAUUUGAGAGUCAAACCCACCAAGACAUUCUUCUUUGGAACUACAGAGACACUUUCUUCAACUUGACUCUGAAAGAGGUGCUGUUUCUUAAAUGGGUCAGCAGCACGUGUCCAGAGGCCCAGUUUAUUUUUAAGGGGGAUGAUGAUGUUUUUGUGAAUACCCACCAGAUCCUGGAUUACUUGAAGAAUUUAUCAAAGGACAAAGCCAAAGACUUAUUUAUAGGUGAUGUGAUCAAAGAUGCUGGACCUCAUCGAGAAAAAAAAUUAAAGUACUACAUUCCAGAAAGUGUUUUUGAAGGUUCUUAUCCUCCGUAUGCAGGAGGUGGUGGGUUUCUGUACUCUGGUGAUCUGGCAUUAAGACUGAACAAUGCAUCUGACCAGGUCCUCCUCUAUCCUAUUGAUGACGUUUAUACUGGAAUGUGCCUUCAGAAACUUGGGCUUGCUCCGGAAAAACACAAAGGCUUCAAAACAUUUGAUAUUGAAGAGAAACACAGGAAUAACAUAUGUUCCUACACAAACUUAAUGUUAGUACAUAGCAGAAAACCUCAAGAAAUGAUUAAGAUUUGGACACACUUGCAGGAUCCACACUUAAAUUGUUAAAUGUUUAAAGUAACAUGCGUAAAUGUCUUCAAUUUAUUUUCCAAGAUUGGGUCUAAUUUCUUCACUGAAUCAUUAAAACUCCUCUUUGUUCUCACUUAAUGGUUUUUAAAGUUACUUCUCUUAAAAAUCAUUAGCUAGAAACAUUUGUUCAGUACUUCUAAAAGUAAAAAUAAUACUAGAAUAACAAAUUUUUGAGAGUAUGGCAUGAAGACUUAGUCCUAAUCUUUCCACUGUCUUAGCAGUUAUUAUGUUUCAAUAUUUCAUCUACAAAUUUUAAAAUAGACUUCAGAAGUUAUAACUAAAAAUUCUUCAUUGAUUCAUGGUUAGCUAUCACCAUAAUGUUGAAAGCAUGGAUUGCCCACUUUUCAUUGCUAGUGCAUCUUAUUUUAAUUGUGGUGGUAGAAGCUGGAAACACAGACUUUUUUUCCAGAGAAACUUGUCUGUUUGAAAUAGCAUUUGUAAAGUAAAAAUUCAGAAAUUGGGGAAGUCUAAUUUUUACACAAAGUAAAAAAAAAAAAUAAAAAAAAAUAACUUUAAAAAAUUACACUAAUUAUUGAAAGGUGUUUUGAUUUUGCAACUCUUCCUCUAUCAUAUGCUACUUCUGAACAGUAUUCUCUCAUUUAAAUGUGAUCUGCUGUGCAAAAUGUGUCUGCCUGUAUCUGAAAGGAUACUAAAUCUCUACCUUUUAUGUAAUGAUACUUUAUAUCUUAUAAAAUCACAAUAUAAUUUCAAAUGGGAUAAAAUUUAAGAGCUGGACAUGUAAGGAAGAGGAUAGGUUUUAUGUUGGACUUUGCUAAUAGGCAGAUUUUUGUCUUGAAUUUCAGUUAAGCUUUACAAAUCAAAGUUCUUCUGUCACUCAUUUUAUUUACAUAAAAGGCUGCUCUGGCCAGUCCUUGUUUUCUGUAUUGGUGUUAAAAACAAUCAUCAGGUAGCUUGAUUUGAUAUGGAUAACUGAAGUCUGAAAUUGCACAUCACUCAGGAAAGCUUGGUUUGGAUCUCCUCUAUAAACUGAUGAUGAUAAACUCAGAACAGUAUACAUCUUAAACGUUUCAAGUUUUGAAAGUGAGAUUUGGAAAUUGCAUGAUGUGUCAUACAGCAUGUUUCCCAAAACUCCAGAAAUCUUUUCUUGCCAUAUUUCCACAUGUUGCUUAUAUGAGAAUUUGUUCUAAGUAAUGACCCCUUCUUUGUAUAUAUAGGAGUGCCUGUCUAUUUAUUGUUCAGAUUGAAGACCAAAAUGUUUUCUUAAAUGUAUUUGCGUAACAAUUUAUUUGUAUACAUUGUUGUCAGUCAAAUAUUUAAAUAGAGCAUGAUAUUUUAAAUCUGUUGAUGUAACAUGUUAAAUACAGUUAAUUGUUUAUGAAUUUGAAAAAUAAAAUUGUGAUUUAAGUAGUUCU